AUGACGACUUCAAAGCACGUCGUCUUCCAGAACGGAAGGUUCUUCCGGUCAAACAAGGCGCCACCUGGACAGCGAUCGGAGGCCAACUUCGCCGAGGCUCUCGUGAUCAAGGACGGCCUUAUCACAUUCGUCGGCGAAGCUUCAGCAAACGAAGUCAAGAGCGCUAUCGAUGCAGGAGCUGAGGUUCGCGAUGUUGGCGGCCGUCACGUCCUGCCUGGUCUUCUCGAUGGACACAUUCACUUGACUCAGCUGGGACAGACCUUGCAGAAACUGCCUCUGGACAAGUGCAAGAGCCUAGCGGACAUCAGGAAGACUAUCAAAGACCAUGCCGCCGCCAACCCGGACCAGGCGCGUAUUUUUUGCAGUGGCUGGAUGCAUUUCAUGACACCAGAGGGUCCCUUAGCCUCGCUCAUUGACGACUUGGACCCUCGUCCGAUCUUGAUCACAGCAAAGGACCUGCAUUCUACGUGGUGCAACAGCGCCGCUCUUAGAGAGCUAGACCUGGACAACGAGCCGGACCCUCCUGGUGGUGAGAUCAUGCGCGACCCCAAGACUGGCAAGCCGAGUGGUCUGCUCUCGGAAGCAGCAAGCAUGAAGUGGAUUCCGUUGUACAUGGCCAGGACUUCCACGAUGGAAGAUCGCAUAUCGGCAAUCAAAACCGCUGUCAACGACUACACGAGUGCUGGAUUCACUGGUCUCAUCGACAUGGCAAUGGAAGAGGAGGGAUGGGAAGCGCUGCAGAACUAUCGUAAGCGGGAGAAGGAAGCCGGUCGACCGUUCCCUAUUCGUUUCGCUGCCUACUGGAUGAUCCUGCCGAGGGACAAUGAUGCGGAGAACAUCAAGCAAGUUGAGAGGGCUGCAGAACUCGCCAAAGAGUUCAACUUGGAGACGGACCCCGACUGCAGACUCGUGGGUAUUAAACUGGUAUGCGACGGCAUCAUCGAUGCUUGCACAGCCUCCUUGAAGGAGCCAUACAGCCACAACAACGAGAACUGCGACCCCGUCUGGUCACCGGAACACAUGGGUCCCGUUGUGGAAGCAGCGACAAAAAACGGCUUGCAAGUUGCGCUCCACGCCAUCGGUGACCGCACAGUCGCCAACGCCAUCGACGUGCUCGAGAAGUAUGUCGGCCCGGAGCAUCGCCCUCGUAUCGAGCACCUCGAAGUUACAACCGCGGAGGACGCCAAGCGUUUGGGCAAGCUGGGCAUUACAGCCUCCGUUCAGCCUGUUCACUCCGACCCUGCCAUCCUACGCGCAUGGCCAAAGCUCAUUGGCGAGCACCGCUGUGGACGCGCUUUCGCGUACAGCGACUUCGCCGACGGGGGAGCACCCGUGGCUAUUGGUUCUGACGCGCCGACUGCGCCGCAUCAUAUUGUCAAUAACUUGUACAUUGCAACUACGCGAAGGUCGGCCCGUGAGCCGGAAUUGGAAACGGUCGUCAACCCUCAGUUCGCGUUGUCCAUGUGCGAUGUUGUGGCUGGGGCCACGGAGGGGGCGGCAAGGAGUUGUUUCUUGGACGAUCGUGUAGGAUCAUUUGAAGUUGGCAAGAGGGCUGAUUUGGCUGUAUUUGAUCUUGAAUGGAAGCCCGAGAAGGCUCUGCAGGCAAAGGCUGUAGAGACUUGGUUUGAGGGACAGCAAGUGUUUCCUGGGCAGGUUUGA